GGGCUUUUGGAUGGGACGUUGCUCUGGAAGGAGCCAUGGACCUCUGGCUUUGGUCACUUUGCUUCCUGCCAGUGGCUGGGGCUCUGAGGAACCUCCCAGAAGUAAAGCUGGAGGGAAUUCUGGGUAGCUCCAUUACCAUUGAGUGCCCGCUUCCUCAAAAGCAUGUGAGGUUGUAUCUGUGCCGGGAAGUGGCUGAAUCUGGAGUAUGUUCCACCGUCGUGUCCAGCAAGAAUUUCGUCAAGGAAGAAUACAAGCACCGAGUCACCCUGAAGCCAUAUCCAGAUCAGAAUGUGUUCCUAGUGGAGGUGACAGAGCUGACCAAGAGUGACAGCGGAGUCUAUGCCUGUGGGACAGGCAUGAACACAGACCGGGGCAAGACCCAGCAGGUCACCCUGAGUGUCCACAGUGAGUAUGACCCGUUCUGGGAAGACGAGCUGAUGCCUGAGCCUCCAAGAUGGUUUCAUAAAUUUUUACAUAGACCGAUGCCCCCUUGGUUCCAGAUGCCUGCACAUGCCGAUUCUCUUGAAUUCAUACCUAAAGCUACCCCACCAGCUCAAAGGACUGAGGCUCCUCCAGCAACCCACCCCUCCCCCACCACCCAAAUCUCUCACCACCUUCGAGUUUCCAGAGCAUCUUCAGUAGCAGUUACCAAGCCCCCAACCUUCCUGCCAUCUACCACCACAACCUCAAAGACCUCAACUCCGGGGGUGCUUCGUAGGCUCCAGACGGCCAGCUACAACUACCACAGCAGGCUUCACAGGCAGAGAGCCUUCCACCAAGGCCCGGUGUCUGGGAUGGAAGACCAAGGAUUUCACAUCCUGGUGCCCACCGCCCUGAGCCUCAUCCUGCUGGCGCUUGUUGGACUGUUGGUGAAAAGGGCCAUUCAAAGGAGGAAAGCCCUCUCCAGGCGGGUCCGCCGAGUGGCGGUGAGGAUGCGCGCCCUGGAGGCGUCCCAGCGGCCCCCGCAGCAGCGGCGCCGCGCGUCGCAGCCGCCACGCUCCCAGAACAUCUACAGCGCCUGCCCGCGGCGUGCUCGGGCGGCGGACGCUGCAGGUGAGCGGGAGGCUCCUCUCGCAGGCCCUGGAGCGUCAGCACCCCCGGCCGCGCCGCAGGUAAUGGAAACUCUCUGGCUCCAUGCCCCAUCUCUGAAGACCAGCUGUGAAUAUGUGAGCCUCUACUACAAGCCUGUUGCCAAAGCAGAGGACACUGAUUCAGAUGACUAUGUCAAUAUUCCCUGCCUGACUCACCUGUCCCACUGUCCCCCUGGGCCCAGACCUUGGUGCCAAUGAGUCUUGUCUAUCUGCUGGUUUCCAAUACCUCCUCUGUUUUUGGAGCCCUUAUUACCUCCCACACUAACCUUAAGUCUUGUUCCUGUCUCUCCUGAACAUAGCUCUGUACCCCCUCCUGUUUCUUCUUGCACACCUCUACAGCCCUCUGUGGUUUUCAGGUGGGCUCUGGGCAGGCAGAGUAUUUGUCCCCGUGCAACCUGCUUCCCUUCCGAGCCAAUGGGAUUUGCAGAGUGUCUUUGAUCACAGGGUCUUUGCUGCCCUGGGUCUAGACACAUGGUAUCAGACUGGAGGAUAGACAUAAGUGUUGCUUCGGGGGACUUUCUCAGUCUUGGGCCUCAUACCAGUCAAAGGCCCCCAGACCGCCUCAUGAGGGCAUGCCUCAGGCCUGUGAGCUAGGAAGGGGCCUGGUAUGAAAUGCCCCUGGCAACAUCUUUGCCCUGAUCGUAGGGCUGGCUCUUACUAGUGAGCUUCUAUUCAUCUUGAGUCCUAUGAUAAGGACAUUUCAUUUUGAGAUGACAAU